UUCAAAAUACACGCUCAGGAUCUGACGUGAAAAAAGAACGAGUGCCCUGUGCUGCCAACUGCCAAACUCAUAGAAAGCACCGUUGUUACCUGUUUAAAGAAAAUUCACGCUGUCAGCUGCCAUCGAGCCUUGAGGUGGGCACAGUUUAGACCUUUGGCUUCUUAUUCCAAAGUAAUUUACCCAGCUGUGGUCCAAGCCCCAGGGUGGGCUGCCGGGGAGCUGACACCUGAGGAGCUGGGUUUCCUGGGCUUUCCAUCAGCCAUCUCUCCGUUAUUUCACCCAGAGGCUGCGGAGAGGCCAGAGGAAGGAAUUGGCCGUGGGAUAUGCAGGAUUCCGUGUUGCCUGGGCUCUGUCCGAGCUCUCUUGGAGACAAUUCAAAUGAUAAUUUCACGGAGGUGGGUUUAAUACCGGUGGAAAAAUGCUGGGAAUUUUCCAGUCACCUGUUUCCUCGGCGCCCCGGUGCCCCCUGCAUCUGUCCGUGCUGAACGCUAGAUGGGGCGUCAGACACAGGGUUUGGUCCAGGAUUUACAGGGAAGAACAGCUUUUUGCAGAGAAGUGAGUCACGUUCGAGAAAAACAGACGAGAGAGGGAGGGUGGACUCACAUCUGCAGAGCUGACCACUUGUGUUGUGAAACGUGAUUUCUUGGGAUACACAACAACCCCGCCACGUGGCUGAGCAGGGUUCACGGAGAGCAACUUCAGCGGGGGACUGAGAACAGCCAGAGGAAGAUGGAGAGUUUGGAUAAAGAAACGAGGCUGUUCAGCUGAGAUCUGCAGAUUCUCGUCUGUCCAUCUGAAUUAAAGGUGCAAGCAGGGUGCUUUGCUCACCUCACAGGCUUCAGCAGGAACGCCCAGGGAGUCAAGAGCCUGUCAUCCUUCUCUUGCAGCUGUUCCUGCCCCCUCUCCCAAGAUCGCCACGGGAUCCGAGUGCUGAGGCGACCGAGCGGCACCUUCCCCCAAAAUGAUGGAAAACGAAGUGUUUCUGUCAUUUACGUUCUACAGCACAAUUUUGAUCUUAAAAAUGUAUGUCGUUGCCAUCAUUACGGGACAAGUGAGACUCAGAAAGAAGGCGUUUGCAAACCCGGAGGACGCGCUGCGCAACGGGGGGCUGCAGUUCUGCCGCGAGGACCCCGACGUGGAGCGGUGCCGCAGGGCCCACCGCAAUGACAUGGAGAACAUCUUUCCCUUCCUCUUCCUCGGAGCCAUCUACUCCAUGCUGGACCCCAGUCCUGCAGUGGCCAGGAUUCACUUCCUCAUCUUCUGCGUGGGGCGCGUCGUGCACACCAUCGCCUACCUGCUGCGGCUGAAGGCGCCCGCGCGCUCCGUGGCCUACAGCGUGGCACAGCUGCCCUGCUUCUCCAUGGCCCUGCAGAUCCUCCUCGCCACCACCCCGUACUGGUAACAUCCCGAGAGACCGACCAGCCGAGCCCCCUCAUCCUGCACUCCGAUGGUUCCCCGGCGGGACGGGGUGCUGUGUGAGUGUGAGUGUGAACGUGUGUGUGUGUGUGUUUGUGUGUGUGUGUGUGUGUGGUAGGUUGCCAAGGAGGUCACCUGCAGCCUUGGUAAACUCCCUGUGCUGUUGAAAUUCGGCAGGGAAGUCGCCGGAGAGAAGGGACGUGUCUCCCUGUGGAGCAGGAAGGGAGUACAGAGUCAGGUUUCUCUCGCUCCUGCUGAGGGCAGGAGGGAGAAAGCACAUGAACUACCCCUCAAAGAGGGGGUUCGUUGAAGGAAAGGAGGUUUUCUGACUCAACUGUGUUCGGAACUGGGAAGGUGAAGAUGUGCCUUUUCCCCUUGGUCACAAAUAUCCCGUGAAUCAGGAAGGGAAAAUCAUGAGGGUCUCACAAAGUCUUUUGGUCAGCAGAGGUAGAAGAGGGGGUUAUAAAACAGCCGCCCUCCUCUUGCCCAGCCAUGUGGGUCUGUGGGGACGGAGUUCCCUUAGGUUCCCUCUCCCACAAGGAGAACAGGAGGCAGGUGCCUGCCAGACAGAGUAACAUGGAAGUCAAAACCUCCGGGGUGAUGUUGUGAAGACAUUGGAGUGUUCAGUGCUCCCAGAGCCACCUCGUCUCAUGCCAAGGGACACAGCUCCCUGCCAGGAGCCUCACUGCAGGCAGGAUCCUGCCUGUCCCUCAGCCAGCCUUCAGCAGCUCCCUGCCAGCAGCACCCGUGGCUUUUCCAUCUCAGUCUCAUCCCAGUAAGAUGCAGAGCAUCGUGCCUGGAACAGCCAGCAGGAACCACUUACCCUGCGGAGAACCGGACACAAAUCUCUGGGACUUCUGGAAAGACUAAAAUGCUCACACAAAACAGGGAGUUUGCAGACAGAGCUUUCUCCUGAGCGUGGUAUCUGUGUCCACAUGCCACUAAUGCCUGACUAUGCUCUCAAGGGCAGCAGACUGACUUUCUCCCCCUCUGUUUGUAGCCUUUCUCUGGCUGCAGAAUGGCCGCUGCUGUUUGGGGAAUGUGCCGUGACCGCUUUGGGGGUGUUUUCUUUCAGCUGUUUCCUGCUGUCCAGUGCUGCCACACCGUGUGCAGCCUGGACCAGCUGGGGUUUGCAGAAAGCUCUGGAAGCGAGCAAAGUGGCUUUGAAGAGUGUAUCGCUGCUCUGCAGUGUCACCUGAAAGUGUUGUGUUGGAGAGGAGAGACUGAGACCAGGGUGACAAACCCUCCUGAGCUCCUCUGUCCCCAGGUGCCAGGGACUGCAACAAUGGAGCAUCCCUGUGGAGGACAAGGCAGGAGGAAACCUCUGGUCUUCAUACCUCUCCCCCCUCUGAGGGCAACACAAAGCCUUACUAAGACCACAGGGGAAACCAGAAUAAGCAGAAAAUAAAGUCCCCUUCCACCUGCCCUACUCAUUAAGGCUGCACCCUUAACUCUGCUGUCCUGAGAGAUGCUCUUGCUGAGGCCUCACAGAGCACUGGUGACACACCUGCUCAGACUGAUGCUCAGCCCUUGCACAGCUCAGGUAGCAGCUUCUGUCCUGGUAAUUCCUGACCCCAGCACAGAGGCCAAGCUGUGUGGUGAGGUUUGGAGUGGAAUGCUCUGCUCUCCCACCACAUUAGGAAGUGGGCAGGUUCAGCAGUUUGCUCUUGUCCACCUCUCCCUCACAGCCUCAGCAGAUGUCUGGGUAACACAGACCCUGCUUAACAAGCCUUUUCUGCCUCACAUGGUCUCGAACCCCCUGUACAUUUCUCUGCUGCUGCACAUGCAUCCUGGUGGCAGGAAGCAAAUAUUCCCAAUAAAAACAAAUCAUUGUGCUCAGAUACAUCCUUCCUUUGGGAGCAGCAGAUGCAGCUGGGCAGCAGCUGGGUCCAACCCCAGCAGGAUGGAUCCCCAGCUGUAAAGCCCUUUGCUAAACCUCACUGCAGAGCCUGGAGUACCCUGGGACUCCUAAAGAGACAUCCCUUUCCUCUGGAGUCACCUCUCCUGCAGAGGAAUCCCUUUUCCAGGUGUGCAUUAUUUGUGCUGAUCCUUUAAAUUCAGCAGUAGCCCUGCUCAGUUUUCCUUCCCUGAGCAGCAGGUUGUUGCAAAGCUUGGUUGUUCACCUAAAAAUCCUGGAGAGCUUGAGAAGUUCAGGUAAGAUAUGGUUGCUCUCAUUUCUGUGCUUAUGACUUGCAAAGGAACUGCCUGUAUUUUCCAAGCUCAGCAGUCCCCUUUUUUUUGGCAGUAGGUUGCUGGGAAGCCAAUGCCUCAUUUCCCUGGUUUUCCCCUAUUUUCUUAAGUUGUUGGUGUUUGGAAGGUGCUGUCCUAUGUCUGUUGUAGCUGGAUAAAAUGGCUCCACUUUAUUGUUUUUUUUUUCCCCUCAUGCUUUUAGAUGUCAAAUAAGAAAGGCAGCAGCUUUAUAAAAUGGACUCUCUCCAGUACAUGUUGCUGUGGUUGGAGAUGUGGCUGGGACUGAGAUUUUGGCAUGGGAAGUAAGAAAUCAGGCUGCAGAACCCUCACCCAGCUCCUUCAGCCUCUUCUAGGCUGCCUGUUCAGUGCCUGAGGCUGAUGCUCUGCUCAGGGAAGUUGAGGUUACAUGCACAGCUCGGCUUUCUUCUUUUUUAUGAAAAAAAAAAUAAACCCUGCUGUACUGGCUGCAGGGAAAAGCUUGGGAAUGUGAACUCUCCUAGCUCCAAAAAAACAAACAGAAAAAGCCCACAAGGCAGACUUCAGAGAGGCCCAAGCAUUGUGCUUAUUUUGAAGCACAGUGGAGGUUUGUGGGAGGCAGGAUGGAGCCGGGCUCGGCUGCCUGGGCAGCACCAGCCCCAUCCCCAUCAAGGCUCUCCCAGGACAGGGUGAUCAGAGCUGCUGUUUUUCCCCUGGACACUUCCAGUGGUGUUCCCUGCAAGUGAUGAACUAAAGCAUCCCCUGCCUUUUUCCAAAUAAUAUCUAAAGCUCAGAGCUACUGGAUUCCUGCUCCAGCAUCAGCGUGGGCGAAGGAUGUGCCCAGGGUCUACCACAGCUCCAGGAGAGCAGGGACAGGGGUUGCAUCUACCCAGUCUGUGGGUUUUGGUGUGUGCAUUUUAUGUGCCAACUCGUUUUUCACACCUGGCUCAAACAGGAAAUGGCAACACUGAAACCCACCUGGGACUGCAGAACAACAGAGUUUGGUGCUUAAGUGGGUACAAAUUGAAAGAGAGAAAUUUAGGUUAGAUACUGUAGUAGGAAGAAAUUUUUUUACCAUGAGGGU